CCUUUCUAUUCAACAUCUUUCUUCCCUUUCUGCAGCGAUCUUUCUGCUGUAAAAAUAAAUUCACGUUGUUGUUGUUAAUCCUGAUAUUCGAUGCGUACAUUUGGAGAUUAAAGAACAAUGUAUUAACUUAGACUUGCAAUCGGUAGUGACAAACUCUUUAUCGCUGUAGUGAAAUCCUGUUUGUUUGCGAUUUGGUAGCAUACCUAGUUACGAAGCGGCGUCAUUGAAAUGAGAUUUUCUGAAGCUUUUACAAGCUAUUCAUAGGUUGCAAGAAAAUAGAAAUCCUUGCGUGUAUGGCAGUAAACUCAUCAUUACCAAAAGAUAGCAAAUUAUAGCGAAUGGCUAUAGGUUUGGUCAAAUGAAAAGGAAGCAAUGCGUUCCUGUUACAUGGAAAUCGGACAGCUGUGCUCACUGAGCCAGCAGUAAAUUUUUGUCAUCUUCGCCUUCGUUCUUGUGUUGUUGGAAAAGAACAGAUGUUUUCUUUAUACACAAAUAAUAUAUGAACUAGAAGGAAUAGGAGGAAAAUAGCAACAAAAAUGUCGUAUUCCGUAGUAGAAUACUAUGGCGAAAAUUCAAAGUAUCAGUGUGGAUAUUGUAAGCAGUCGAGUUCGUGCUCAUCUUACGGGAUGUGGGCUCAUAAGCUUAGUUGUCAAGACUACCAGGAACUUAUUGACCGGGGUUGGCGCCGGUCUGGAUGUUACUGUUACAAACCCAUGAUGGACGUAACAUGCUGUCCCUCGUACACAAUAAAAUGUGAUGCGAUUAAUUUUCGGUUGAACAAGUCUCAUAAAAAAAUCAUAAAACGAAUGAACAAGUUUUUGCGAGACGGAUUAAAGGAAACGUCCGAGCAGGAUGCCCAAUCGAACAUCGACGAAAUAGCUACCCAUGAUGGGAGUGCAUGUGAUCAAGAGCAUACAGAAGUCCCUAGCAUGCAACCGCGCGUACUGGAUCCGGAUCUGUUGAAUACGCUUACACACGUUAACAGCGAAAAGCGAUCUGCUGAUGACAAAACGAGCGCAUUACCUAUCCCUACCUUAAGUGGGGUGGUAAAUACAUCAACGCAUACGAGCGAUUCAAGCAUAAGCAAUCAGCCAAAGAAAGCAAAACUAAGGCGCAUUGAACGCAAGCGUGAAAAAUUGCAGAAAAAAGGACUAUCUGGCGCAGACAUUGAACAGCUGAUGCAAUCCAAUAACCGAAAAAGUGCCGAAAAAUCUUUAGAGGAGUUUCUUUCUGAAUCCCCGCAGGAUAAUGACAGUCCAGCGCAUCGCUUAAAGGUAAAACAAGUAAAUGCAAAUGAUGGUGCUACCGCCGCAACAUUUAAACUUUAUAGUUUAUACCAACAAAGCAUCCACAAUGAUCCAGCAUCCAAAUUGAGCAUGGAUCGCUUUAAGCGGUUUCUUGUUAAGUCUCCCCUGAAGAUCGUGACGCUUCUUACUUCGGGAGCAAAAUUCCAAGAGAGCUUGCAUGUUUCUUUUAAUCUGUAUAAAAAGUAUCAGACGGCCAUUCACAAUGACCCACCCGGUGCGAUUGAAGACUAUCUGGACUUUUUGGUGAAAUCGCCAUUAAAGCCUUUCCAAGGAUUCGGGACUUUUCAUCAACAGUAUUGGCUGGACGAUCGUUUGAUAGCUGUUGGAGUGAUUGAUGUGCUACCCAAUUGCGUAAGCUCGGUGUAUUUCUUCUACGAUCCUGAAUAUAAAUUUCUAUCGCUUGGUACUUAUGGAUCAUUGCGUGAACUAGCGUAUACACGCUCGCUCUAUAAAGAAUAUCCUAGCAUUUCAAACUAUUACAUGGGGUUCUAUAUUCACUCUUGUCCUAAGAUGCGUUACAAAAGCAAUCUGCAGCCUUCGUAUUUACUUUGUCCGGAAGCAUACACGUGGCAUUUGCUUGAUAGAACAGUUGUAGCGAAGCUAGAUGCCAGCAAGUAUAGCCGGCUUAACGAUGAUCCUACAGCGCAAGAUACAAACAAAGCUACCGAGCAGGACGUAAACGAUGUGCUCCUAAUUUUUGGUAGAUCCUGCAUGACUUAUACUCAGUAUCUGACGGUCGUGGGCAAGGAAUUGCCUAUAUUGUUUGAAUAUGCUCGCCUGGUGGGAAAAAGUUGCGCAAAGAAAAUGAUGCUUUAUAGGGUAUAGAAAUGUGCAUGACACCGAUGAAUGAUGAAAACUGCAUUGCUUGCAUAAGCUGUUCCUUAAAGUGUGGUGAAUUUCAAAUAAAACCUAAAUGGAAUGUUUACUGAAUUGAG